AUGGGGCUGCCAGCGGGGCGCUCGGCGUCCCGGAGCCCGGGCGCUGCGGGCCGGCGCCCGGCCGUCCUGCCGCUCCUGCUGCUGCUGCUGCUGUGCCCGGGCGCCCGCGGGGCUGUGGCGCCUGGCGAGGCGGAGGCACCCAUCCUCUAUCUGUGGAAGACCGGUCCGUGGGGCCGAUGCAUGGGAGACGGAUGUGGCCCAGGAGGCAUUCAGACCCGGGCAGUGUGGUGUGCGCAUGUGGAAGGGUGGACAACAUUGCACACCAACUGCAAGCCGGCCGAGAGACCCAGUAACCAGCAGAAUUGUUUCAAAGUCUGUGACUGGCACAAGGAGUUGUACGACUGGAGGCUGGGCCCGUGGAAUCAGUGUCAGCCGGUGAUUUCAAAGAGCCUGGAGAAACCCCUGGAGUGCGUUAAGGGAGAGGAGGGCAUCCAGGUGCGGGAGAUAACGUGCAUCGAGAAGGAGAACGAUGUCCCUGCGGAGGACAUCAUCUGUGAGUACUUCGAGCCCAAGCCGCUCCUGGAACAGGCCUGCCUCAUCCCCUGCCGGCAGGACUGCAUCGUGUCCGAGUUUUCCGCCUGGUCGGAGUGCUCCAAGACCUGCGGCAGCGGGCUCCAGCACCGGACGCGUCACGUGGUGGCGCCCCCCCAGUUCGGCGGCUCGGGGUGCCCGAACCUGACGGAGUUUCAGGUGUGCCAGGCCGGCCCCUGCGAGGCCGAGGAGCGCGGCUACAGCCUGCACGUGGGGCCCUGGAGCACGUGCUCGAUGCCCCACUCGAGACAAGCGAGGCAGGCCAGGAGGCGCGGGAAGAGUAGAGAGCGGGACAGGGACCGCGGGAAAGGGGUCAAGGACCCAGAGGCCCGUGAGCUGAUCAAGAAGAAGAGAAACAGAAACAGGCAGAACCGCCAGGAGAACAGAUACUGGGACAUCCAGAUCGGAUACCAGACCAGAGAGGUUAUGUGCACGAACAAGACGGGGAAGGCUGCUGAUUUGAGCUUCUGCCAGCAAGAGAAGCUGCCAAUGACCUUCCAGGCCUGCGUGAUGACCAAGGAGUGCCAGGUGUCCGAGUGGUCAGAGUGGAGCCCCUGCUCAAAAACGUGCCAUGACACGGCAUCCCCUAAAGGCAUCCGCGUGAGAACUCGGCUCAUCAGGCAGUUUCCUAUUGGCAGCGAGGAGAAGUGUCCAGAACUUGAGGAAAAAGAGCCCUGUGUGUCUCAAGGAGAUGGAGUUGCCCCCUGUGCCACGUACAGCUGGAGGACCACGGAGUGGACCGAGUGUCGGGUGGACCCUCUGCUCAGCCAGCAGGACAGGAGGCGAGGCAACCAGACGGCCCUCUGCGGAGGGGGCAUCCAGACCCGAGAGGUGUACUGCGUGCAGGCCAGCCAGAACCUCCUCUCGCAGCUGAGCGCCCACAAGGACAAAGAAGCCUCAAAACCAGUGGACUUGAAAUCAUGCACUGGCCCUGUCCCUAACACGACACAGCUGUGCCACAUUCCCUGUCCUAUUGAAUGUGAGGUUUCAUCUUGGACAGCUUGGGGACCUUGCACUUAUGAAAACUGUAAUGACCAGCAAGGCAAAAAAGGUUUCAAACUGAGGAAGCGGCGCAUCACCAGUGAGCCCACUGCGGGCUGGGGGGGCAGUGGGAGCUGCCCUCACUUACUGGAAGCCAUUCCCUGUGAGGAGCCCUCCUGCUCUGACUGGAAGGCAGUGGGGCUCGGCAACUGUGAACCAGACAACGGCAGGGAGUGUGGUCCAGGCACGCAAGCCCAAGAGGUUGUGUGCAUCGACAGUGAUGGAGAAGAAGUUGACAGACAGCUGUGCAGAGACGCCAUCUUCCCCAUCCCUGUUGCCUGCGAUGUGCCCUGCCCCAAGGACUGCGUGCUCAGCAUGUGGUCAGCGUGGUCCUCCUGCUCUCACACCUGCUCAGGAAAAACCACAGAAGGAAAACAGAUACGAGCACGGUCCAUCCUGGCCUAUGCAGGAGAGGAAGGUGGAGUUCAGUGCCCAAAUAGCAGUGCUUUGCAAGAGGUACGCAGCUGUAACGAGCAUCCCUGUACUGUGUACCACUGGCAAACCGGUCCCUGGGGCCAGUGUAUCGAGGACACUUCAGUUUCGUCCUUCAACACAACUGCAACUUGGAACGGGGAGGCCUCUUGCUCCGUUGGCAUGCAGACAAGAAAAGUCAUCUGUGUGCGGGUGAAUGUUGGCCAAGUGGGACCCAAAAAGUGUCCUGAAAGCCUUCGACCUGAAACAGUACGACCCUGUCUGCUUCCUUGUAGGAAGGACUGUAUCGUGACACCAUAUAGUGACUGGACAUCUUGCCCUUCCUCAUGUAAAGAAGGGGACUCCGGAAUCAAGAAACAGACUCGGCACCGGGUCAUCAUUCAGCUGCCAGCGAACGGAGGCAGGGACUGCACGGAUCCACUCUAUGAAGAGAAGGCCUGCGAGGCCCCUCAAGCGUGCCAGAGCUACAGGUGGAAGACUCACAAAUGGCGCAGGUGCCAGCUUGUCCCUUGGAGCGUGCAACAGGACAGCCCUGGAGCGCAGGAGGGCUGUGGGCCCGGACGGCAGGCAAGAGCCAUUACUUGUCGAAAGCAAGAUGGAGGGCAGGCUAGCAUCCAUGAAUGCCUCCGGUAUGCAGGCCCUGUGCCAGCGCUUACCCAAGCCUGCCAGAUGCCUUGCCAAGAUGACUGUCAGCUCACCAGCUGGUCCAGAUUUUCUUCAUGCAAUGGAGACUGCGGUGCAGUUAGGACCAGAAAGCGCACUAUCGUUGGAAAAAGUAAGAAGAAGGAAAAAUGUAAAAAUUCUCAUCUGUACCCCCUGAUUGAGACUCAGUAUUGCCCCUGUGACAAGUAUAACGCACAGCCUGUGGGAAACUGGUCCGACUGCAUUUUGCCAGAGGGGAAAGCGGAAGUGUUGCUGGGAUUGAAGGUCCAAGGAGAUAUCAAGGAGUGUGGUCAAGGAUACCGCUACCAGGCGAUGGCGUGCUAUGACCAGAACGGCAGGCUCGUGGGGACGUCCAGGUGCAACAGCCACGGUUACAUUGAAGAGGCGUGCAUCAUCCCCUGCCCCUCAGACUGCAAGCUCAGUGAGUGGUCCAAUUGGUCGCGCUGCAGCAGGUCCUGUGGGAGCGGCGUGAAGGUUCGGUCUAAAUGGCUGCGUGAAAAACCCUAUAAUGGAGGGAGGCCAUGCCCCAAACUGGAUCAUGUCAACCAGGUGUAUGAGGUCGUCCCUUGCCACAGUGACUGCAGCCAGUACGUGUGGGUCACAGAGCCGUGGAGCAUCUGCAAAGUGACCUUUGCGAACACGCGGGACAACUGUGGAGAGGGGGUGCAAACCCGAAAAGUGAGAUGUAUGCAGAACACAGCGGAUGGCCCCUCUGACCAAGUAGAGGAUUACCUCUGUGACCCAGAAGAGAUGCCUCUGGGCUCUCGAGAGUGCAAACUGCCAUGUCCUGAGGACUGUGUGGUAUCCGAAUGGGGUCCGUGGACCCGAUGCUCUUUGCCUUGCAAUCAAAGCAGUUUCCGGCAAAGGUCAGCUGAUCCCAUCAGACAAGCAGCCGAGGAAGGAAGAGCCUGCCCUGACACUGUGGAGAAGGAACCCUGCAACCUGAACAAAAACUGCUUCCAUUAUGAUUAUAAUGUAACAGACUGGAGCACGUGUCAGCUGAGCGAGAAGGCAGUGUGUGGGAAUGGCAUUAAAACAAGGAUGUUGGAUUGCGUUCGAAGUGACGGCAAGUCGGUUAACCUGAAAUACUGUGAAGAGCUUGGCUUGGAGAAGACCUGGCAGAUGAACACGUCCUGCAUGGUGGAAUGUCCUGUGAACUGUCAGCUUUCUGACUGGUCUCCGUGGUCAGAAUGUUCUCAAACGUGUGGCCUCACAGGAAAAAUGAUCCGAAGACGAACAGUGACCCAGCCCUUUCAGGGUGAUGGAAGACCAUGCCCUGCCUUGAUGGAACAGUCCAAGCCUUGCCCAGUGAAGCCCUGUUAUCAGUGGCGGUAUGGCCCAUGGUCUGCAUGCCAAGUGCAGGAUGCACAGUGUGGCGAAGGGACCAGAACAAGGAAUAUUUCUUGUGUAGUGAGUGAUGGGUCAGCUGACGAUUUCAGCAAAGUGGUGGAUGAAGAAUUCUGCACUGAUAUUGAACCCACUAUAGAUGGUAAUAAAAAAGUGGUUCUUGAAGAAACCUGCACCCAGCCUUGCCCAGGGGACUGUUAUUUGAAGGACUGGUCUUCCUGGAGCCUGUGUCAGCUGACCUGUGUGAACGGCGAGGACCUCGGUUUUGGUGGAAUACAGGUCCGUUCCAGAGCGGUGAUUAUACAAGAACUAGAGAACCAACAUCUGUGCCCAGAGCAGAAGCUGGAAACAAAGUCAUGUGACGAUGGACAGUGUUAUGAGUAUAAAUGGAUGGCCAGUGCUUGGAAGGGCUCUUCCCGAACAGUCUGGUGUCAGAGAUCAGAUGGUGUAAAUGUAACAGGGGGCUGCUUGGUGGUGCGCCAGCCUGAUGCUGACAGGUCUUGUAACCCACCGUGUAGUCAACCCCACUCACACUGUAGCGAGACAAGGGUGUGCAGCUGUGAAGAAGGGUACACUGAAGUCAUGUCUUCCAAUGGGACACUUGAGCAGUGCACUCUCAUCCCCGUGAUGGUGGUACCCACUGUGGAGGACAAAAGAGGGGACGUGAAAACCAGUCGGGCAGUGCAUCCGACCCAGCCCUCCAGUAACCCAGCGGGACGGGGGAGGACCUGGUUUCUGCAGCCGUUUGGGCCAGAUGGGAGACUAAAGACCUGGGUUUACGGUGUAGCAGCUGGGGCAUUCGUGUUACUCAUCUUCAUUGUCUCCAUGAUCUAUCUAGCUUGCAAGAAGCCAAAGAAACCCCAAAGAAGGCAAAACAACCGGCUGAAACCUUUGACCUUAGCCUAUGAUGGAGAUGCUGACAUGUAA